CAUGCUAUUUUUGUGACCGACUCCACCAAGCAGACUAACACAAGAAAACAAAAAAAAAGAUCUCUGCUUUUUUAUUUACUAUGAUUUCGACUCUCAUUUUGUUUUUGGGAAUUUGAAUUAUCUAAAAGCUUGAGUUUUUUUCUUGAGAAAAAAAAAGUUUUGGUUCUCCAUCCGUACACGUAUGAAAUCCUGUGUUUUCUUCAAUUUCUAGCUUCUGGGUGUUACAAAGAAAUGAUUUUUUCACUAACAUCAGCCAUGAACCACUCUUCAUUCUGACUUUUUCUGAUAAAACCCAGAAAAAAAAAGAGUGGGUUUUUCCUGGAUUCUUCACAUCAAGUUACAUUUUUUUUUGUAUCCUACUUCGAUUUUAAGUUUUCUGUAUGUUAUAUAAGAACUUGACCUUUUUUAAAACUGUGAAUCAUACAUUUCUCUCUGUUUUUUUUCUUCCUGAUAAAACCCAAAAAGGUUGUGUCUUUCCUCCAUUGUGAGGUUGUUCAAAAACGUGACUUUUCAGCAGCUUAAUCCAUAGAUCUUCUCUAUAUCAUGUUUCCUGUGUUUGAUUAUGGUUUGUGGAGAUGAGAUCUCAUUUGAUAAUCUUCUUUGUUGCAGCUUUAAGAUGGAGAAGAAUCAACAAAAGCAGAAAUUUCCGGUUGAAGAUGCAGAGAUGAAGAACAAGGACUGUUCUGAAGAUAAAUUUGUGUGGCCAUGGGUUGGUCUUGUAGCCAACAUACCAACGGAGGUUGAACCAUCUGGUCGGAGAGUAGGGAAAAGCGGUUCAACGUUGCGUGACGAGCUGAGUCAGAAAGGGUUUAAUCCAACGAGAGUUCAACCCAUUUGGAAUUUUAAGGGACAUUCUGGUUAUGCUUUGGUUGAAUUCGCUAAAGACUUUGAAGGUUUUGAAUGCGCCAUGAAAUUUGAAAGGAGUUUUCAGUCAGACCGUCAUGGGAAGAGAGAUUGGGAUAAAGGUAAUCGCUUUAGAGAUGAUAAGCUUUAUGGAUGGGUUGCGAGAGAGGAAGAUUAUAAUCGAAGUGAUAUUGUUGGAAAGAAUGUUAAGAAGAAGAGAGAUUUGAAAAGUAUCUCGCAGAUUGAGGAAGAAGACGAGAGGAAAAUGGUUCACCUCGUUGAGAGCAUGUCUCAAUCCAUUGAGAUGAAGAAGCAAUGUAAGCAAGAGCUUGAGCAGAAAGUUAAUGAGUCAACCCGUGUUUUGGAGGGUUUGGCAUUGCAUAACAUUGCUUUGAACAAAUCCUACCAAGAAGGGAUUGAGACGAUGCAAAAGAGUAUGCAAGGUUUGUAUGAUCAGAUUCUGCAAGGACAUGAGAAGUCUAUGGCAGAGCUAGAGGCAAAGAGGGAGAUGCUGGAGGAGCGUGCAAAACGGGCAAACAUAAACGAAGAAGAGAUUAGAAGAUCCAGACUUGAAAUAGAACUGAAUCAAAAGGCUAUGUGGGAGCAGAAUGAAGCGAAUGAGGAAGCUAUGAAACUUGCAACAAAGCACCAGAAAGAGAAGGAGAAGCUUCAUCAAAGGAUAAUGGAAAUGGAAGCGAAGCUAAAUGAAACGCAAGAGCUGGAGUUGGAGAUAGAGAAGCUGAAAGGUACGACCAGUGUAAUGAAGCAUAUGGUGGGGAGUGAUGGAGAUGGAGUUAUUGUGGAGAAAAUUGCCAAAACUCAGAUUGAGCUUGAGGCUCGAGAAACAGCUCUCCAUGAGAACAUAAUGGCUCUGGCACAAAAAGAGCGUGCGACCAAUGAUGAGUAUCAAGAAGCUCGUAAAGAGAUGAUACAGCUAUGGAAUGCGAAUGAAGAAUUGAUGAAGGGAGAGAAGAUCAGAGUGAAAAGAAUGGGGCAACUAAACCCUGAACCGUUCUUACCUGCUGUGAUGAAGAAAUUUAAAGUUCCAAGAUCAAGAGCAGAGGUUAAGGCUAUGCAGUUGUGUUCAGUGUGGGAAACAAACAUAGGAGAUGUGCAUUGGAGUCCAUUUAAAAUCGAAGAGUCUGAUGGAACAGCAAAGAGAGUGGUGGAUGAAAACGAUGAGAAGCUUCGUAAGCUGAAGAGAAAAUACGGUGAAGAAGUUCAUAAUGAAGUGGUAAGAGCAAAACUGGAGAUUGAGGAACACAACGCGAGUGGCGGCUAUGUGAUUGUGGAGCUUUGGAACUAUGAGGAAAACCGAAAGGCAACGAUGGGGGAAGUAACAGACGUGAUAUUGAAGAUAAGGUCGAGUCUUGCUGCUAUGAAGAACAAGCGAAAGAGGCCUUGAGGUCUUAAAUUCAAGUAACAACUGUGACCGAGAGCCUUAGGAAAUGACCUCUCUUUUUGUUUAAUCUAUCAGUUUGAAUUAGGUUUUGCUACUACUAUAAAACUCUGCUUGGUUUUCAAACUUGUUGAACCGAAUUGGAUUUGUUUUUUCAAUGGUUUAAAUCCAGAAACAACUUAUGAAUGUG